UUAAAUAUUAUUUUCUCAAAAUGUAAUCAAACUAGUUCAAUAAUGACAUAUGGAGAAUGAUAUAGUUUAUAAAUAACAACGUAUGAAAAAGCUGCAUCUCUGCAUCAACAGUUUCUGAAGAAGUUUUUAUUUUGGUCUCACAAAACAGUUACUGAGUUAGGCCUAUGGCAAUGACAGCAGGGUUGCAGUCGUACGUUACAAAGUGUCAGUGUGGACGUCAGUUGGUGCGUUACGUGUUGAGAAAAUGUUACUCAAUAGAACACCAGACUGAGAAGCCUCUGCACAUUCCUGUUAUGGCAAGCCAAGUAAUCAACAUUCUGCAACCAAUCGAUGGACAGAGAUAUGUUGAUAUGACCUUUGGAGCAGGAGGUCAUACAAAGGAAAUCUUGUCAGUUGCACCAGAAGCUGAAAUGAUUGUCCUUGACAGAGACCCAGUAGCUCAUGAACUGGCUUGUAACCUGGCUAGUCAAUACAGAAAAGGUCAAGUGAUCCCACUUCUUGGCAGAUUUUCAGACAUACCUCUGUUGUUUUCAUCUAAAAACAUUGAGCCAGGGUCUGUUGACGGUAUUGUGUUUGACCUAGGAGCUUCGUCUAUGCAGUUUGAUCAGUCAGAAAGAGGAUUCUCAUUAGUUCGAGAUGGGCCGUUAGACAUGAGGAUGGAUGGACAGAGAUUGCCCGAUCAACCAACAGCAGCAGAUGUGGUGAAUAUGUUAGACCAGGAAGAUCUUUAUGAGAUUAUUAAGAAAUAUGGAGAGGAGAAAAUGGCACAACACAUAUCUCAUGCUAUAGUUGAGACGAGAUACGCAUUUGGGAACAUCACACGUACUAAACAACUUGCAGACAUUAUUGCUGGUGUGUUCUCUAGCAACCACAGAAAGGACAUGAUGAUGAGACAUGCCCACGUGGCUACUAAAACCUUCCAGGCAUUGCGCAUCUUUGUGAACAAUGAACUGAAUGAACUACACAACGGACUGGAGAUGGCCUUCAGGUAUUUGAGAGUGGGAGGCAAAUGUGCUGUGCUAUCCUUUCACUCUCUAGAGGACCGGAUAGUAAAACGCCAUUUUCAUGGAAUAGACAUAGACGCACAUCUUAACAUGAGCAUGCGGGACCAUUAUCGAAACUCUGCUAGAGUGUUUGCCAGAGAGGAGGUGGAAAAAUUACUGGAAAAAAGAUGGAAGCCCAUGUCUAAAAAAGUCACCUCUACAACUUUUGAGGACAGGAUGGAAAAUCCCCGAGCUCGAUCUGCAAAACUUAGAUCAGCAGUGAAGAUUUUGUGAGACCUGAACUGAUGCUUAUAAAACUUUCAAAGUUUGAACUCAAGACUCUAAUAGAGUCUGAGACUUUAUCGUCAUGGCAAUGCCAUAUGACUUGCAUGCAUGUGAUGUCAUCUGAAACUGAGCCUAGACUGUAAACGUUUUAUAACUGCUGGUUUCUCAUUGUCUAGGAAUACACACUUUCAAUUUGUUUGAAUGGAUCUUAGAUAAUUUCAGUUGUUGCUAUAAUAGACUCAAAUUUGUUUUUGUCAGAGAUGCAAGAUAUAUUAUUAUUUUAAAAAUAUUUCUCAACUGACUGCUUUUUGUUCUCAUAAAACAUGCAGGUAACUGUACAAUGGGAUGUGGAGAAAUUAUAUUAAUAUGCUUAAAGUGAUGCAUUAAUAAUUCUUUUGCAUUAUUGAGUGAUACAUAUUACUAUUCCACAUUGGGAAUUUAUUUCUGGAAAUGUAUAACUCUUAUUUUAGAAAUAAUAUAUAUAUAUAUUUAUCAUGACAAUGUUUAUUUGUAUACUGUGAAACAACGUCUGUGCCAAACUGGAUUGUAACACUUUGAAUGUGAAAUAUUUGACUUAUUUCAUUCACAUGUAAUAUGUAUGGAAAAAAUGGGUGAAUAAACCCUAGUGUACCAG